CUCGCCGUCACGCAUAUUCUUGCCACGGUUUUUUAUACUUGUCAAUGGUCCGUUUGACAUACAUUGGCGCAGCUUCACGAUGUUGUCAGUCUGCAAAUCGACGGUUUCCUGUGCUUACAAUAACACAACGAUGGUAUUCGAAACGUACGACAACAGAGAAACUUAAAGCGGCCGAUCCUUCAAGGAACUUUGAUUUAAAAGACUUUCCAGCAGAUUAUAUUCGAAAUUUCAGCAUUAUAGCUCACAUUGAUCAUGGCAAGAGCACUUUGGCAGACAGACUACUUGAGUAUACAAAUACCAUAUCCUCUACGGGAUCGAACAAGCAAGUUCUUGAUAAACUCAAAGUCGAACGGGAACGUGGCAUUACUGUCAAAGCGCAGACAGUAUCCAUGUUCCACAAAUACAAAGGAAAAGAGUAUCUGCUAAAUUUAAUUGAUACACCCGGCCAUGUUGACUUCAGCUAUGAAGUAUCUCGUUCAUUAGCCGCAUGUCAAGGCACAAUUCUUCUCGUCGACGCAGCACAAGGCAUCCAAGCGCAAACUGUAGCCAACUUUUACCUUGCUUUUGGUGAAGGGCUUCAAAUCAUACCCGUACUCAACAAAGUGGAUUUGCCAGGAGCAGACUGUGAAAGGACAAUGAAACAAAUUGAAAGCGCUUUUGAGUUAGAUACGUCGUCUAUAUUGAAGAUUUCUGCUAAAACAGGUGUGAAUAUUGAUUCAAUUUUGCCAAGCGUCAUUGAAAACAUCCCACCACCGACUGGAGUGAUCGAUAGGCCUUUCCGGGCUCUUUUGUUUGACUCUUGGUAUGAUCAAUAUGUUGGCGUUGUAUGCAUGCUAGGUGUUGUUGAUGGAACUAUCAAAAAAGGCGAUAAAAUUACGUCUGCCCACUCAGUAAGCAAGUAUGAAGUAUCUGAGGUUGGAAUCAUGCAUCCAGAACAGGUUCCUACGGGAUAUUUGCAUGCUGGACAAGUCGGAUAUGUCGUGUGUGGAAUGAAGACAGCAUCUGAAGCACACGUGGGAGACACUUUUCAUCAUGUUGGACAAAAAAUUGAAGAGCUUCCUGGUUUUCAACCUGCACAAUCCAUGGUGUUUGCUGGUAUUUUCCCAGUCGAUACGAACGACUUUAGAAGGCUGGAUGAAUCUAUCACAAAGUUGACGUUAAAUGAUGCUAGUGUCUCUGUUCAUAAAGAAACGAGUCAUGCUUUAGGUCAAGGUUGGCGUCUUGGUUUUCUGGGAACCUUGCACAUGGAUGUGUUUCGUCAACGGUUGGAAAAUGAAUACGAGGCAAAUAUCAUUGUUACGCAACCGACAGUACCAUAUCGAAUUGUCUACAAAGAUAAAACUACCAAAAUUGUGCGUAAUCCGUCCGAUUUUCCGGAUUCCGAAGAGCGAGCAUUUAAAGUAGCUCGCAUGGAAGAACCAAUGGUGCUAGCUACAAUGAUUUUCCCAGAGGAAUAUAUGGGAAAAAUGAUCGAAUUAUGUGGUAGCCGACGAGGAGAACAACACGAAUAUGUAUUCGUGGAUGAAACGAGAGUAAUGAUGAAAUACACGCUGCCUUUAGCAGAAGUGGUGACGGAUUUCUACGAUGAGCUCAAAAGUCGCUCGUCUGGCUAUGCAUCGUUCGAUUACGAGGAUGCAGGAUAUGAAGAGAGUGAUUUAGUCAAGAUGACAGUGCUCCUCAAUCACAAACCGGUAGAUGCGUUAUCAGUCAUUCUUCAUCGGUCGCAGGUCGACAUGGUGGGUCGCGACUGGGUCAAGCGAUUAAAGAAUGUCAUCCAAAAGCAGCUUUUUGAAAUUGUCAUCCAGACAGCACUUGGUGCCAAAAUUGUAGCUCGUGAAACGAUCCCGGCUCUGAGAAAAAACGUCACCGCAAAAUGCUAUGGCGGUGAUGUGUCGCGUAAAAUGAAGUUACUGCAGAAGCAAAAGGAGGGCAAGAAGCGGAUGAAGAUGAUUGGUAAACGAGAGCGUCUCAUAUUUAUCUGGCUAUUAUAUGUGAUUUCCCACUUCUAAUACCAGGCACAAUUCAUUUUAGGAAAUGUGGAGAUCCCGCAAAAAGCAUUUUACGACUUCCUAGACAAGAAAGCCUAGGUGGCAAGAAACUUAUAGACAACUGAUAAUGUGAUUUAACGUCAGAUCAAUGUAAUUAUAAAGUAAAAAAAAGUAAUAUUACCUAAUUCUAGAGCAACAUAUUACCGGCAACUGUAAAUUUAUACUUAGUGA